UACAUAGCACGUAAAAAAAACCACACCAUUGUUGGGUAUGUCCCCAUUUUUGUAGCACGAUGCACUAGUUCGCAUUUGGCCUUCCAUAAAAGUUCCAAUGAUCGCACUAUAUUGCAACAGUCCAAAAGGCCAACAUCAUGGUUAAGAAUAGUAAAGAGCAGACAGCUUUUUUUGUAUUGAACAUUUCCUCACCACCAACUCAUUUCGUAUUUCCCACAAGGUACGGUAACAAUGCUAAAGUUAAAGUGCCCUCAAUGUCUUUUUUAUGUCAAGGGUAGAAUUUGGUACAUAUACAUCAGUAGAGAAUUAGACCAAAAAAUUCCCAGACAAAACGACCACUUCAGAUCAAACACACACCAUUCGCACUCGUUUAAACGUCACCAAGGUGCAGAAUUCGGAUGAUGAGCCCCACGAGACAUCUGUCCGUAACGAUGUCUGAGCUAGCACUUUCCUGCAUCUCCAGCAUUUUCAAGUUCAAGGCAGAUCUUCAUCUGCCACUGUACAAUUUUCCUGUUCACGAAACUGACAUGAAUCAGAGGAUAGCGAUGUGUUCAUGAUUCCUAAACUGUCUUGAAAAGCGUGAACAUACCUCUACACACACAUACUAUAUAACAUUUGAUUCCUUGGCAAAGACCAUUUUCACAUUUCAGAUAAUAUAUGUUAACACCAUGCCUUUGGGCAACCUGACCCGCCACCCUACUGUCUUUAGAAGCAACUCGAUCCAUACUAAGGUGUACAGUGAGUAUAGCUUUGAGUACUCAUGGUUGGGUGGAUCUUUGUGUUUGGCCAACACUGAACAUUACGAAUGACGCGUUCAAAUGGGAGGAGUCCAUAUAGGAGGACAUAAAGGACUAGUUCUCAGAAUUCCAGAAUUAUUUUCUUUUUUUAAAACUCUGAAAGAGAAAAGAAAUAUUUAUUGUUUAAAAGUUACGGUAAAGGAGGGGAUAAAAACAAACCAAUUAUUUCAUGACAAGCCAGACAAGAUCUUUUUAAUUGGUGCAUUUUGUGUUUAUGGGUGGUUUUUAUAAAAGCCAUUUCCGUUUUCAAAAACAGGUUUCUUCUCUAUGAAUUUUUAGUCAAACAUUCCUUUUGAAUUAUAUCUGUUCCAAAUUGAAACACUUUAGAUCUAGUACAAAUGAGGUGUGAGAUAUUCAGAAAAAAAGGUUGUACAUUUUGUUCGUCUGUCCACAGUUAUAAUGGGAUCAAAACAAAUUGCUCUGUUUACAGUCUCAGGUCUUUGCAUGCAGGUCUAAAUGUUGGAUGACCAACAUAAUACAGGACUUUGCAAACUCAGGUUCAGACAUGUUUUCUUCGAUGUUAGCCUAAAGGAGGUCAAUACAUUACUGGAGAUUUACAGCAGAACAUCUAAAACAUAAAACAGUUGACUUAUUUUCAUCAGUAUUAAACUUCAACAAAUAUCUCUAUAUGAAACACAGUCAAACAGAGGGGUGAGAGCUUUUUGAGACUCGUGGAGACGUCUAGAGACAGCCUUGGGAGGAAACCAACCUAUGCUUACACUGAAACACGUGGGCAGGGUGGUGUCGCUGUCUCUAAAUGAGCUAUUUGUUGGCUAGGUUACCUUAAAUCAUUUAAUUGUACUGAUCUCAUGAAUGCACCCAAAUGGAAAUGUUUAAUAUCAACAGGACCAAAUAAAGUUAACUUUUAAAAUUAAAUAUUUUUGCUUGGUUGUACACUGGCAAAUUAAAAAAUAUGUGCUUGACUUUUAUCAAUACGGACAGAUGAAAGUAAAAAAGAUAUCAAUUUGUGAGUUGUUUGUUCUCCAAACGAUCAAAAUCAUGUUGCUGAGUGUGAAACAUGAACAUUUUACGCCUUUUGUUCCCAGAUGGCGGCACAGAGGGAGUCACGUAAGCGCCUUGUUCCAUUUAUGUACAGCAUGAUCGGGCAGUGCCCAGGAGUUGUAUGGGAAAACCAAGAAGAGUCAAUGUUUCGUGUACCUUGGAAGAAAUACAGGACACGAGGGUGGAAACCAGCUGAUUCCCAAAUAUUCCUGGAGUGGGCUAGGAAAACUGGCAAGUUCAAGGAGGGAGAUAAGCUUGAUUACCCUGUGUGGAGGACUCAGCUUCGUUGUGCCCUCAAUAAAACACCAGAGAUCCGGGAAGUGGAGAAUCAGCACAGUGAAGACGAUCCAGAUCCCUAUCGGGUAUAUCAGUUUGUAAAAUCAUUACCACCCUGUUCCUUUUCAAUAGACAAUGAGUUUGCUUCUAUUGCAGCGACUCCUGCAAGCUCUGGCUCCCAACCACCCCCAGUUAUACCAUUUGAGAAGAUCGAUUGCUUCCUCGACAAUACCUCCCCCCCACCCCAAAACACCAUCUCUCAUCUUUUGCCACAGGAAAAUCCUCAAAUUUCCACAGCGGUUCUGGAUAUAGCUGAAAACUAUGUAACAGUCAGCUUAACAGAUCCACUUGUAAGGAGUGAGCUGAAUCAGCCUCCUCUUCAAACAAUUCCAAACGAAAAUUCCCCUGGUGAAAUGGUUGCUCAACUGCAGAAUGAAGCUGCCGUAGGGGAAGUAGGAUUUCCCAGUUUCUCAUCUGUUGAAUCAAUGGGGACCAAUCAGAGAAUGCCAUCAGAUCUCAGGUCCAUCAAGUCUGUUGAUCUAGUGCAGCUAGCCUCCGGGGAAAAUUUGCCCUCAUUGCCUAGUCUGAAUACGCCUGAUAAUAGUUUAGGAUCUUACACCUCAGCACAGCCAGAGGAAAAAAGAGAGAACAACACAGUUGUCCAAACUAUUCCGAGGCCAGCAGAGGAAAGUGUUUUCAGUUUCUCACUGUGGUACGGCUUCAACCAAAACUUGCUUGUGAAGGAAGGGCUAAUUCCCUCAAAGGGCUGUCUUUUUACUGAUCCUCCCAAGCUCAAACAGAAAAUGCAUGGCCCGACAGAAAUGGCACAAAUUGAGAUGCCUUUGGUAGAUCAGUUCUACGGCAGUGAAAAUAUCGAUGAGUGUCAAAUCAAGUUGAUAAGUGAACUCUUAAAGAACAUGGAAAAGGGCCUCCUCCUUACUGUCAGGGACGACAUUGUCCACGCUCAACGUUUAUGCAAAACUAAUAUUUUUUUGUCUGACAAAAAAUCCAAGAGUUUUAAACUGGAGCGUGGGGAGCAAAAAUCAAUCCCGAUAUUGGAUGUCAAACAGAACAGUGAUUCUUUCGUAUACCUUACUUUUGGACAAGAAAUAAAAAAACAUCAUGAAAAUCCUAUGCGUCGAGUGCUCAUAUGCUUGAAAAUAGAGCAUUUAAAAUCCAAGCAGAAAAUGAUGGUUCAAGAGGCAAAUGCUAAUUUCAGCUCACUGGAACAACUCAUUUCUGGAAGUGAAGACAAUGAUCCUCUGUCAGAUGAGUUUAAAAGCAUGACUGUAUCAUCUGGUCAGUAAAUCUGUCUCUUGAUUUCAUGUCUUUUGUCAAUAUAAUAUUCUCAGUUGUGAUUUAAAUUUAUUGAUGUUCUAUGAACUUAUGUUCUGCUGUAGCAUGAUAAACUUAGUGUUGGACUAGAGUUACAGUCAAACCUUGUUAUACUGUACCCCGUUAUACUGCCAGCCUAGUUUACCACCAGGUUUUGCCAAUGUGCGAGAAGGAACGUAUACACCUUCACACCACCGUCCGCCAGCUGAGUCGUAUGGUCUUUAUUAAACUAAUAGAUUUAAAUUUGCCCCCAUAUAUAUCACCAGCAAAUUGACCCCCUGAGGUACACACUACACACAGCACACUGAAUCCACUUGGUAGUUGCUUAAUAAUCUCUUUCCCACAUGCGCCAGCGGGCAAAACUAUAUCUGGUGUCGCCAUAUAUCAGCCCAAAGCCUAAAAGGCUGGCAGGCACCUGUGGGGCUUUUAUAUUGUAAGAACUAAAGCUCUAGUCUACAUAUGACAGGUCUAAGUCGAAGGUGACCCAAGGACUGAUGAGCAUUGGGUAAAAAAAAACCCGACACGUCUACAGAGUCCUUGACACAUACAAUGGAACUCGGUUUUAACAAACUAGGAUUCAACAAAAACUCAGAUUCAACAAAAGGACUUUUAAGAAUAACUCAGAUUCAACGGAAACAUACAUACAUGAGCAAGCUCAGAUUCAACAAAGUCGCUUGCAGGGUGAACUGCCUUACAGGACCAAUCAUCAGCCUAACACACGCGUUGUUAGCGCGUACACAUGGACGGGUGGCUAGCUCAAAACACGUGUGACGUGUAAUUGAGUGUGCAGGUGUCUGGGGGGAUGGGAUGAGGGCUAGACGGUCAGAGACAGUUAGUAUAAGAACGUAUAGGAGGAGGGGGGGUACAAGCGGUCCGGGCAUGGAACGUCAUCAGAGAUACAAAUGCGUAACAGUUAUAAUAUAUAUAUAUAUAUAUAUAUAUAUAUAUAUGUGUGUGUGUAUUUUUUCCCCCGGCUAUUGAUCAAUAUUUCAAUGAGCAUGUCUUGACAUAGAUCUACGUAAUGAAUGCCUGGAAUAAAACGUUACCGUAUGCGAGGCCCUAUGCAGCAACAUAACUUGUUUGCUAAAUAAUAUGUCGUUAACUAAAUUAUAUCCAAGAUGACACAGGCGUGCAUUUGAAGGAAUUAGCUCUUUUGCACAGAGUGUGCUUUGUAGAGUUCACUGUAUUUUCCUGGAAUUUUCCAGCGUUUCUUCGGUUUCAGAGAAACGAAAAUGCCUCUCUUUUGAAACCCAACUAGCUUUGAUAGAGAAAGUCGAGAAUACAUUACACAUUACAUGCUCUGGCCAGUAAUUAUCUACACAAAACCCCAAUAUUUGCUAUAUAUAACAAACACUCAGAUUCAACAAAAUUGACGGUCAGGACCGACGACUUUGUGGAAUCCGAGUUCCACUGUAUAGCCCAGUUUCUUUCAAUUUGAAUGUACGUAUGUUGGCUAAUCGGUUGCUACUCCUUUUUCCCUUAUGCAUGGCAAUCACCCCAGCAGAUCUAGUAGAAGCAUGAUUCACCAGUUGGUCUCUAGUCUCUACCAGUCUAACACUAGUGAAGAUGACAAUCAGUGCCAUCAUGUGUAUAUCACCAGCCCUGCUGUGCGACCAACUUUGUAAUCAUCCAAAGGCAGGCAAUAUAUCGGGGUUUGACUGUUUUAUGCGUCUAGAGAUCUAAAUGAUCUAGGUUUACAACUGUAGACUGUAGAGGCUCCAUUGUUGUUGUACAACAUUCCAAAUUACCAGAUCAUCAAAUGUGUCAUGACACUGUGGAAUUAGGCGCUCAUCAAUUUUUUAGCAUAGUGGAGUUAUUGGUAUCAAUAGCUUUCAUGGCAUUUGUCUAUCUUUUGAUUAAAAAGCACCUGUCUACCUUGAAUUGAACAGAAGUCGAUAUAUAUAUUUGUGAUUGAAGGAGGUGGGGGCACCUUGUUUCAGAGGUAAAAUUAGUGAGAAAAUAGCAGCCAGAGUUUGGUGACUUCCAUAGCUUGAGAAUCCUUGGAAAUUGAAAAUAAUUUUUGUGCCUUAACGUUUUUUGUGUAAAAAUCCACAUAAAAAUAUGUUUUUAAAUGGACAUUUGAAAAAGUGUUGAGCCAAAGAAUAAAAUUUCGAUGCCAAACUGGAGGCAAAAUGUUGA